UUUUCCUUUUUUCUCCCAUGACUAGCUUGCUUAGCGCGAGGUUCCUUGCCCGCCAAUCUCUGCAAUGCAGGCGGUACAUUCACCGUUCACCUUCAGCGCUGGCCAAGUCGAAGGCAGCAUCCGUCGAUGUCGACGACGAGCUCUUUGGCGAGAACGCCGAUGACGGUGACUUGUUUGGCGAUGCGACAUUAUCGGCCCAAGAAUCAAAAACGAAAGUAUUGCCACAAAAACCAAAAAAGGCUGCCCCUACGCCACGGAAAGGGAUGGAUGAUUCGCGGCGCACGGAAGAGUAUACCAAUUUGUAUGACUUCGUCGCUCCGAGGCUACGAGAAAAGGGCAAUCCCGAUUUCACACAUCCACCAUACGUGAAAAUAGCGAGCCUCAAUCGACUCAUGGACCUAGCUACUACGACGGAGCAUCUUUCAAGCAUUGUUGAUCUCAUUCCAUUUUGGGUCAAAUAUAAUGGCAGAGGGAUGAAGAAUUCUACCGCAGAUGUGUUCGUUCGCCGAUGCCAUGACUUUAAGUGUCCCCAGCUGGCUCUCAAAGUCUUCGGGAACUUCCCGUUGUACCAGGCGAAACUCACUCGUCCGGCCGCCCAACAGCUCUUGUACACUCUGCAUCGUACCUCUGCACCGUUGGAGAACCUCAUACUUACCGCGGCCUUCUUUCCGAUCUAUCGGCUCGGGCCUCUUGAGAAUGAUAUCGUUUCGCUGUCCAUUCUCGCAGCAGCGUCGGUGAAAGCCGAUAAACGUGAUCUGGAGACUGCUUUGCUGAGGCGGAUCUACAAGUCGCUAGGUGUCAAGGAUAGUUCGAGCGGUGUACGCGUUGAAGGGACGGAUCUGAGGGCGAAGUGGGUGAUGUGGCAUCUGAGGGAAAUUGAUUUGGUGCUUGAGAAGAGAAAUGGACGUCCACUCAAGUGGUUGAGAGACUGGAGACAUAGGUCCCAGCGAACGGAACCGGCUGGGUCCAAAGCUGAUACAAACUAAUUCUUGCGGGCUCGGAGGAUGUGGUCGUCCUAUGAGUUUUGCAAUCUAUCCUCCUGUAUCCUGUUCGAGUUAGGUGCGAGCUAUAUGGUUUCUUGUCAAUUUCUUUCCUCCGGCACCCGCGGAUGUUCACACAAGUUUUUCCGGUGUUUGAAAGCUUGUAGGCUUAUGUCUUCUCACGAAGAGCAGAGCAGUGGCUGUAUUCAGCCCAAUUUUCCUACAUUUGUAUAGGUCCCGACACUUCCUUCGGCACCUCGAGCCCAGCCCCAGGAUUGCAGUUCGUUUUCUUGAUUAACCGGCACUGAUGAAGAUCAGUUGACUUGAAGUAUUCAGUGUGAGAAGGCCAGAUGUUCAUUAUUCGUGUGCAAUUACUUCACAAGUUCACUCAGCUGUCGACCUUCCAGUUCAAUCCAGGUAAGCAUAUGAUUAGGGUCAUACCCUAGUUCUCAUGCAUCGACAACUCAC